GCUUCCCACCUUUCAAAAGGACCUAAAAUCCAACCAAUGGGAUUUCAAUUUCGUCAAUCUUCACUUAAUUUUCUCUUCUUUCGGUUUUCUCUUUAGCUUUAGGUUUUUCACUACACUUCUGCUUUUUUUUAUCUGCUCUGCAACAAUCAAGCUCUCUUAAAAUUCAAUCAGAAUCUGUUUGUUGGAUAUUUUGGUACACAAUGAUGUGAUAAAAUCAUUAAGUUUUUGUGUGUGAGAAACCUGCGUGACCGUACUGCACAUUUUUAGUAGUGUGGGUUUAUAAGGAUCAUAUUUAUCGAGUAAACCGAUGGAAACUACGAGGAGAUGGUUCAACAAGUUCAAAUCGAAAGACAAGGUAAGGUCUUCAAAGAAUAAAGAAGCUGUAGGUAAUGCAAAGGAGGGGUCUAAACCACCAACAAGUGAAGAGGCACCAUCAGAUGUCACCAAACAACGGGUAGCAGCUGCGAAGCAGUAUAUUGAAGACCAUUAUAAGAAGCAGAUGAAAAGCCUGCAGGAAAGAAAGGAGCGGCGUGAUAUUCUAGAAAAGAAGUUGGCUGAUGCUGAAGUCUCUGAAGAAGAACAGAACAACUUACUUAAGUAUUUUGAAAAGAAGGAGAGGGAAUACAUGCGUAUGCAAAGGCAUAAGAUGGGGACUGAUGAUUUUGAGCCAUUGACCAUGAUUGGCAAGGGUGCAUUUGGAGAGGUUAGAAUCUGUAGGGAGAAGGCAACUGGUCAUGUUUAUGCUAUGAAGAAGCUCAAGAAGUCAGAGAUGCUUCGCAGAGGCCAGGUUGAACAUGUGAAAGCUGAGAGAAAUCUACUUGCGGAGGUUGACAGUAAUUGCAUUGUUAAACUAUAUUGCUCCUUCCAAGAUGAAGAGUAUCUAUAUCUCAUUAUGGAAUAUUUACCUGGGGGAGAUAUGAUGACUUUAUUGAUGCGGAAGGAUAUACUAACUGAAGACGAGGCCAGGUUUUAUGUUGGAGAAACUGUCCUGGCGAUUGAAUCAAUCCACAAACAUAAUUAUAUUCAUAGAGACAUCAAGCCUGACAACCUACUACUUGAUAGAAAUGGUCAUAUGAAAUUAUCAGAUUUUGGAUUAUGUAAGCCAUUAGAUUGUAGUAAUCUCCAGGAAAAGGAUUUUUCUAUGGCAAAAAAUCUCAGUGGGGCUCUUCAAAGUGAUGGACGACCUGCAGCACCAAAACGCACACAACAAGAGCAGUUGCAGCAUUGGCAAAGAAACAGAAGGAUGCUUGCUUAUUCUACAGUUGGUACACCUGACUAUAUUGCUCCAGAGGUUUUGCUGAAGAAAGGAUAUGGAAUGGAAUGCGAUUGGUGGUCUCUUGGUGCUAUCAUGUAUGAAAUGCUUGUUGGAUAUCCACCCUUUUAUUCAGAUGAGCCAAUGUCAACCUGUCGGAAGAUAGUGAAUUGGAGAACACACUUAAAAUUUCCAGAAGAAGCAAAACUAUCACCCGAAGCGAAAGACCUUAUCAGUAAACUUCUAUGUAAUGUUGAGCAGAGGCUUGGCACAAAAGGUGCCCAUGAAAUUAAGAUUCACCCAUGGUUUAAAGGUAUUGAAUGGGACAAGUUAUACCAAAUGAAAGCUGCGUUUAUUCCCGAAGUCAAUGAUGAGUUAGAUACACAAAAUUUUGAGAAGUUUGAAGAGGCUGACAACCAAAUUCCAUCUGCAACAAAAUCAGGUCCAUGGAGAAAGAUGCUUCCGUCCAAGGAUAUAAACUUUGUGGGUUACACAUACAAGAACUAUGAAAUUGUAAAUGAUAAUCAGUUACCUGGCAUCGCUGAAUUGAAAAAGAAAAGUUCAAAACCCAAGCGACCUUCCAUCAAAUCCCUUUUCGAGGAUGAAUCGGCAGCAGCUGCCAGUCAACCUGUCCAAGGGAGCUUUAUAAACCUCUUGCCUCCACAAAUAGAAGAAGCCCCAGAGGACCGUUCGAGAAAAUGAGUGUUUCCAUAUCCCCGUGAUAACCGGGUGUUCCCCGGUGCUUAGCGUUUGCUUUUUGCCACAUUAACAUUUCAAAGUUUUAGGGGCAAAGGUCCCCAAAACAAAAUGGUUUGAGAUAUGGGAUUUGGCUCUUCCAGAGCCAGUUAGGAGAUUGUUCUUUUCUGUAAAAAUAAUAUCUGAAAGUAAAUAUUUUUUUUAUAUUUGUUGUGUAAUUUUUUUCCCUCUUCAAAUUAUUACGUCAAUUGACAUAGCUGAAAGAAGUUACUGUAUAAGACCCCAUUGUUGUUUUUCAUUUUGCAUGUAAUUAUUAGUUACUUGUUCUCAGGUAUACUAGUACCGUAACUGUUUGCAUUCGUAUUGCAGUAAUUGUUCAGUUUGAAUUUUUAUAA